AGUCAAUCUUCCAGCUUCGCGGGCGUAUCAGAUUCGUCAUGCAUGUUAUUUUAGUAACUGACGACAUCUGAACAUCUGCUUUAUACCUUCUCUUUCUCCCAACCAACUAUCAACUACUACCUCAACUUACCAUCGAGCGUAUUAAGUGAACACUUCCUGCAACACUCUCAGGUAGUCGUAUCCGUGCCAAUUUAUUCUACGGUUACACACCACACUGUUCUUUCUGUCCUUGGCACAUAAAUAUCUACAAAGUAGACCUGUUUGAGAGACUACAAGUGCCACGAUACCAAGCCGACCUGCAAACCGUUUAAGCCCCCCCUUUAAAACGACAACAUAGAAAGAAGAAAAUCUACAUGCGAAGUUCAUUCCAAACAUUACUGGUAGUUGGGCGGUAGGACUGGUCUGGUUCUUAUUUGCCUCAUUGCUGUGACACGUCAGCAGCUGUUCAGCAAAGGAAGGAAAAAAGAGUCCUGUACGAUGCGCCGACUUCAUCUUCAGCACCGUGUAGCAAAAUCACUUGCGUGCGAUAGUAUCGCCUACUGAAAUUCCUCGCUUUCCCUUGUCCAUCCAAAAGCCCGAGCCUGUAAACUUGAGAUAUGUCGGCCCCCCAGAAAUCCUCACGAUGGGGCUCAUUUCUGUCCCAGGCAGUCGCAGGCGUUGAAGCACGUCUCGAUAAUAUUCUCUCAGAAGAAGAGUCCUUGAAGCAAGCAGCUACCCAACGACCAGCGAGAACCCCAACGAGAACCCCAUCGACGUCAUCUACUACUGCAUCCACCGUAGGUGCAUCAGUCCGAUCCACCACACCCUCCAGAUCAAACAACGAUAGGUUGCAGGAACGAUUAGCUCGAGCCGUCGCGGCAAAAAACGCUGCGCAAAGGUCAGAAUCAUCCCCCGCCCGAUCAAGUGUAGAAAUAGGUCCCCGGCUUAGCUCUGAUGUUUCUACCACAUCUUCUGCGACAGAGCCACAAUCAAGCGCCGAGGGAGUGUACAUCUCGAAAAAAGGUGUGGCAGGAAGAGCAUCUGCCCCUUCUGCUUCUAGCGAUGGCGCUUUGGUGAGGCCAUCAACUCCUACCGCCGAUGAGGAGGCGCCUGUAAAAGAUGUGGAAGUUAUGAAUGAUGAUACCAAUAUUUUGUUACGAGGUAGUCAAGAAGCUCGAGCCGAGGAAAAUCCAAAGGCAACCGACGUGUCGUUUUCUACAGACAUCUUGGGAAUUGAAAUCGCUUCAUCAUCUCUUCUAUACGAACAGCGUAUCACUGAACUCGAAAAGUCCCUUGAGACAAGCCAUGCACAGCACCAGGAAGAACUUCACAGUCAUGUUGAAAGGGUCGAUGCCUUGCAGGCUAAGCUUCUGUAUCUGGCACGCGAGGCGUCAGAGGCUGCAAGGAAUGCCGCUAACGCCGCUCCGGCGGGCAGCCAAGAGAGAAAACUUGCUGAGAAAGACCAACAAGUUGCCCAGCUGAUGGAAGAAGGGCAAAAGCUUGCAAGUACAGAGCAAAAGCAUCGAAGUAUUAUCAAGAAAUUGAGGGGUGAGCUUGCUGUGAACGAAAAGGAAAUUAAUAACCAGAAACUGGCGCGCCAGAAAUUGGAGAAUGAGCUUAUCAUCUUACGAAAGCGACUUGACGAGCAGGGUGACGUUGAGAAAGUAAAUGCAGAAUCGCAGAAGUUGAUAAGCCAGCUUAGGAGAGACCUGGAAAAGGUGAGGGCUGAGAUCACUUCGAAAGACAACACAAUAUUUGAUCUCAAGAACCGACUCCGGGAAGAAUCAGAUCGAGCCAAAUCCACGGCUGCCAAAUUGAAUGAUCAACUGCGGGAAGCAGGCCAAGAACGCGUGAAGGAGCUAGAAGAUGCAGUUGCAGCUCUGCAAGUAGAAAAGGGGUUACUAGCCGAUCGCGCCAAAUUACAGAUAGCAGAAUUACAGGAAAAGGCAGAUAGGGCUGCGGAACGUUUUCACUCCAUGGAGUUGGAGAUGAAAGGAGAGAUCCAGAUACUUGAAAGCAAGUUGGAGACUCUCCGAGUCCGGGCAGAAGAAGCUUCUUCAGGCGCCGUGGGUGAUACGCAAGCAAAGUUGCUUCGCCAGAUAGAGACUCUUCAAACUCAGUAUGCUAUAGCGAGUGAGAAUUGGCAAGGGAUAGAAGCAUCUCUAAUAGCCAAGUCCGCGGCUUUAGAAAAGGAAAGAGACGAGGCGUUGCGUCGCGAAUCGGAGAUGAGGCGAAAAGCACGAGAGACGGUAAGCAAUCAAUCCUGCCGGAGAGAAAUACGAGAAAUAUAUAUACCUAUUGUACCUAUAUAUGUGUAUAUACUGACAUAAAUAUUAUGACCAGGCUUCCCGAGCCAAGCGGCAAGAGGAAGAAUUGGAAGAGACAAAGAGCCAGCUUCCCAGCGUUCAACGGGAUUUAUCCUCGUACCAAUCACAGCUUGAGACUCUGCGUAAACGAGCCGAAGAGGCUGAGACAUCUUUAGCCGAGGCGAGAUCCGAGUUG